GCAGAACAGAAGAUCCAUUGAGACGCCAAGGCAGCAGAAGCAGAACCACAGAUCAGAGACAAAUUUGUGGGAAAACGACAUCAGACACAACAACUAACAUCAAACAUGCAGUGGACUCUGCUGCUGCUCAUUUGGAUGGGUCAAUAUUGUGUGAUUGUUUGUCAGCUGUAUGAGUUUCACUACAUUAAUGAGAAUAAAAACUGGACUGAAGCUCAGCAGUACUGCAGAGAGAAUCACACUGACCUGGCCACAGUGACUAACAUGAAGGACAUGAAGAGACUCAUCAACAUCUCAGCUGGAGAUUGGAGUGGAGCCUGGAUUGGUCUGUAUUAUCAAACAGAUGGUACCAGAAAGUGGCACUGGUCUGAUCCUGGACUGGAGUUCAAUGAAAGUGAGACAAACUGGAACCAAGGAGAACCAAAUGAUGCAAAUGGGUGGCAGAACUGUGGAUUCAUAUGGAAGAGCCUGAAGUGGGGAGACCAGUCCUGUAAUGAUGAUCGAUAUUUUCUCUGUUAUGAUGACAGAAAUUCAUCCAAGAAAUAUCACUUGAUUCAAGAAAAGAAAACUUGGACAGAAGCUCAGAGUUACUGCAGAGAGAAUCACACAGACCUGAUCAGUGGAACGAAGCAACUACAGGAUGAAGAAGUGGAAAAAGAAACCAGCUCUGUGGGAAAUGAUCCAUACAUUUUUAUUGGUCUGUUCAGAGAGAAAUGGAGGUGGUCAGAUGGAAGCAGUUUCUCUUUCAGAAACUGGACAAAAGGGUUUGACUAUCAGGUAGAAUACAGAGGUCAAUGUGCCAUGACUGUGUUUGGUGAUGGAGGCAGAUGGAGGAAUGAGAACUGUAAUGAGAAAAAACCUUUCAUCUGUUAUGAUGAUAAAAUGAUCCUGAUCAAAGAAGUGAUGAACUGGGAGGACGCCUUGUACUACUGCAGAGAUCAUCACCAUGACCUGGUCACCAUCACCAACAUGGAUGAUCAAAUAUGGAUCCAGAAGAAAGUCAAGGAGGCAUCGACUCCUUUUGUCUGGAUGGGUCUGCGCUACACCUGCACUCUGGAUUUCUGGUUCUGGGUCAGUGAUGAGAUGGUCAGAUAUAAGAACUGGGCCAAAGGUGAACCGAUGGACGACUGUGACAUGUCUGGAGCCAUGGAGACGAGAGGAAAACAUCAGUGGUUUAAAAGAAAUGAUACUGAGAAGUUUAAUUUCAUCUGUUCUAAGUAAAGGUCAGCAGUAGUUGUUUUUAGCCAAGUGUCUUUAGAUCUGAACUUCCAGGGCUUAAAUCUUUUUUUUUUGAUUGAAGACAACAUUUAAUGUUAAUUAAAACCUUUUAUAUGCAUGUUGAGUAUCUACAUAAUCAAAAGACACAAAUGUAUCAGCGUAUGUCAAUAAAGAUGUAAAUAAACCAUAAAAGACCAAAACAGAAA